AUAAUAAUGAACUUAUUGACCAAUACUUCAAGUUGGUCAAACCCGCCAACAACCAAAACUAUUUCGUUAAACCCACUUUGGUUAAAAAAUCAAAGAGUAGCAGAGAGGAUGUGGGCGUCGAAGCUGGUGCAGCUGAAGAGCAUAGCCAAGGAAACAGUUGAGCGCACCAUUAUCAUUGCUAGAUUUCUAUGUCUUCUCCAUGUCACCGACACCUACCUCUUCUCUCCCAACCUCGUACAUGGUCCAAGCAUGCUACCUACCUUGAAUAUGAGAGGAGAUGUUUUAAUGGUCGAUAGGUUUUCACAUCGAUUCGGGAAAGUGGAGCUUGGAGAUGUUGUUCUUGUUACAUCCCCUAAUAACCCUAAAAAGGUUUUGACUAAACGGGUUUUGGGUUUGGAAGGCGAUGCUGUUUCUUUCAAUGUUCAUGAUGGGUUGAAGACUUUGGUGGAUUAUAGGGUUGAAGGAAGAAGCACUCAAAAAAGAAAAGUCUUUUUGGGGCUGCCAACUGCCAUAUGCUAAGCUUGACUUGGAUGAUUAGAUAUGUUUGGGUAGUUACUAGAAUAUACUGCUGCUGAGCUUGUGCUAUAAACUUAUAACGUCUAUAGAAAUCGAUGUUAGGAAGAUGUUUGAACUUAAAAUUGUCGAAUUUGUAUGCUGUACAUGGAAAGUGAAGAAAGAGGCUGUAUAUUAUUGCAAAGUGUACAAUAUGUGUUUGAAUAAUGAGUAAUAAUGAAUGUUGACAGUACUUCAUUCACGGUGUCAAUUUUUGUAGUUCUAAUUUUAAUAAUUUUGUUUUCAAAAUGUACAUGUGUUGUGUCCUUGUCUGAGUGUUCUUGUGUCAAAUAAUUUCAAGGAUCGCCAAGCCCGACACUUAAGACACGUGUUGGACACUAAUCUCGCAUUUGUGUCAAGGUGACAUUGCUCCAUCUAAGCAACAAACAAAAUAUCAUCAUUACCUUUAAGAUAUAUUCUCACCAGAAUUCAGUUAUGAUCAACCAUGAUUUGGCACAUCCUUACUGGCGGUUAUUUUCUUUCUGGUAUAUGUAACUAUAGCAGGAGGUUUACUUGGUACACUUGCAAUUUGCCAAGCCAAGAGUAACUAUUACUGUGUUACUUCAAAAUGGUUUUACGCGACUUUUGCUGGGAUGUGAUCAAGGAUAAGUUGGACAUAUUUGGCGAGUUCUAUGUUAUGGGACUUACCUUGUUCUACUUAGGAUCGCUCUAUCACUAGCGAAGUUAGCGUUCUAUCAGUUUCUAGGGCAUACAAAAUUGUCAUAGUUAUUGUCCAUGGAAGAGAUUUGGUCUUGUGAUCUUUUUUGUGUCCAACUUUGCUUUUGUGGCGGAAGGAAGAUUCUUAAUGAAGCCCUUGUAGCUAAUGAACUUAUGGGUGAAACUCGUCGGAAAUUUUAGAGGGCUUUUAAAAGCUUGUGUGAUAUGGUUUGAGUGGACAGUGAGGUGUUGUAUCAGACGUUUGACAAUUGCAUAUUUUCAGCAAUGUUGAUAGUGUUUGGGCGGAGAGUGUCACCUUAUUGUUUCUUAAUAGUGUUUGGGUGGAGACUCACCUUUUUGUUUCACUUUAGUGAUGGAUGUACAAGAGAGGAACAAUUUAGUAUUCAUCUGUCCCAUUGAAAUUGUAGCAUUAUGUAAAUCUAUGUGAGGGCUUUUAAGAAAAAAUGUUGCGAUUCUAGUGGGACGGGGGAGUAGUUGUGAUUGAGGGUCAUAAAAGUGGAAACCGAGGAAAUUAAUUUUCCAUUUGCAGUACGUUGAUGUCAAUAUGCUAUUACUAGCUGCGAGCUGGAUGUUAAAAUAUAUAAGAACAUCAUCUCUAUGUUACAGAUCCUAUAAGUGGCAGUGCCUUCUUGUUAACUAUCAUUAGUCUUAGCUACUGUAUUUUGGUCUUUUGGACCUUUAUUUCAGUGUCAUGCAACUAUUUUCCUCCUUGGAAAAGAAACUUUGUUCCUUUUAUCUGAGAAUCAUUCACAUUUUUAUUGAUCUUUAUAAAUUGAUUAGGUGCCAAAAGGGCAUGUUUGGAUACAGGGAGACAACGUGUAUGUAUCAAAUGAUUCACGCCAUUUUGGACCAGUUCCUUAUGGGCUUAUCCAAGGCAAGGCAUUUUGUCGG